CGCUCCCGCGCAUGCGCAGAGCCUCUCAGUGUCUCCUCAAUAUUCUACUCCUGGAAAGCCAAAACCUAAAGAGGGAGAGCGGCUGGGCCCAGAGAGAGGGGGGCAGGCUACAAAGAAGGUCCGAGUGUCCACUAUCGACCCUUCCAAUGUUCUCAAUGUACUGCGAUCGUUGUCCGAACAUUUCUACCCAGAUCAACCCCUGGGGCCUGCACAGAUCCUGUUCUUACUAAGGGGAUUAAAUUGGCUGCAAAUUGUUCAAGAUCCGGCCUCUAAUAACCUUUACCCGAGAACACCAACACAGUGCAAGAUGGAUGCCAGCAUCCUCCCACAGCAGGUUUCAGUCCGGGCCUUGGUGACGUUCCACGAUGUGGCGGCCUGCUUCUCUCAGGAAGAGUGGGGUUUGCUAGAGGAAUGGCAGAAGGAACUUUACAAGAACGUGAUGCGAGAGAUCCACGCUGCGUUGCUGGCAAUGGGAUACUCUAUUCUGAACCCAGAGCAGCUGCUACGGGUACAGGAGAUAAAAGGACCAUCAGAGAGCGAAGACCAAGUGAGCAACCAUAAAAACAUGCUCACAGCAGGUGCCCCGGUCUUUAACCCGGAUAUCUCUCUUUGGAUUCGUGAAGUAGUGGAGGAGGACUUGUCUGGCACACAGAAGGCUGAUCAGACAGCACCAUGGGAGUCUCCCAGCUCAGAGCUUCCCAUCCUAAAGCCAGACUUAUUCCUGCGAAUAAAGCCUGAUGAACUGGUAUUUGAAGCAUGUCCCAACCCGGAGCCUGGCGAUGACCGAGAAGACAGUGAUACUGCUAUGGGAUCAGGCAUUUCUGUGACCAUAGACGGAGAUGCUGAACCGUUCUGGCUGAACAUCGAAGAGGCGGACCAUGAUGAAGUCCUGAGAGAGCAGUGCCAAGAUAAUGGCUUCUUAAGCAGCCCUACUGAGGAAUGUCUUCCGGAUCUCCACGCAGACAACAUGCCUUUAGAAAACGGAUCUCAUUCAUUCCAGGAAGAGUGGGACAAUCCAUCCCCAAUCCGACUCCCUCGUCCCAUGAAGUGCCAAUCUGUUUUCCAGAUCGGGCAGUCUGUUUCUGAGUGUGCGUAUGACUUUACUGAUCCAGCAAGUCCUACUCCACCAAGAGCGUUCCAGUGUUCUGAAUGCCAGCAAUGCUUUAGUGAGAGUGAAACGCUACUUUUACACCAAACAGUGCACACACCAUGGACUUGUGACCCACAGGUGGCUAAUCGGGGCAACUACAUUCCUCAGCAGCCUUCACCUGCCCUGAUAAGGGGCUGUUCAGUAGUACCAGCACCUUAUAUAUGUGGAGACUGCGGAAAGGGUUUUUCCAACUCUUACAAGUUGAAGAUACACCAGAGAAUUCACACAGGAGAAAGGCCAUACAAGUGCCUUGUCUGCGAAAAACGGUUUCACAAGAGCGCCCAUCUCAAGGUCCAUCAAAGGACACACACUGGGGAGCGGCCAUACGGAUGCCAGGUUUGUGGUAAAAGAUUCACAAAGUCCUACCACCUCAAAGUCCAUCUGAGGACACACACAGGAGAAAGGCCUUACCAGUGUCCCGAGUGCCAUAAGACUUUUAGUGUCAACUCCCAUCUCACUGUCCAUCAGAGGACUCACACAGGGGAAAAACCCUUUGUCUGUUUUGAAUGCGGGAAAAGCUUCCGCCAAAAGACUAGCCUCCUUGGCCACCAGAAAUCCCACCAGCGAAUAGGAGAGCGUCGAAAGCUGACUUGGAAGACUCUGUGGCCAGAAAAAUAAUGCAUGUUUUAGUUAAUUUACAGGUUUAGCUAUUUUACCUGCACUUUAGUAUUAGAAGUCAUUCAGCCCUCUCCAAGAAGUUCCCUUGAAUUGGUUUAAAGCCACAUGGCACAUCACACAAACCAUAGAAACAUUGAGGUUGAUGAAACUAUGUGAAAGCCUUGAAGGACCUUGCUGCCACUUGGAGCUGCGGUGGGUUCACCUUCUAUAGACCCAUGUUUCUAUUUGUGUGCUAUAAUCCAAAGCUUUCAGGUGUUUCCUGGCUGUGCCUCCAUUGGUGUACCUGUGGUCUCUCCUUUUAACUGACAGACUCUGCAUGCGGGGGCGGAUUUCAUGGAUGUCUUAGAAGGAAUAGAUGUGGUCUUUUGCUUUGCACACACAAUGUUUGUUGCUCAGUUAAUCCAUCAUUCACAAACGGAACAGACAAGAAUAGAGACUAUUAUAUCUCCCUCUCAGAUUGUCAUUCUGAGGUAGAAAUAUACAAAUUAAAAACCACCCAUCUAGAAAAUGCCUUCAUUGAUUUAGCAUUGCAUGCAUCUUCUAAAAUGAGAAAAGUUUUUUGUCGAUAAUACUCGUUAGUUUGAUAAAAUUACAUCAAGGGCUGGUGGAUUAUACACCAGGGUAAUCGCUGCAAUUGAGGGAGUUACAUUUGUAAGAUUAAAAAUUUAAAUAGACAGUGUUAUAGAAUGAGAUAUCGCCCUGUGCUUAAUACACUGGAAUUCAUAGAUGCUGCAACCAUGGGUCAUAUGCCAAACUAGAGAAACAGCCCAAUGGGUGAAACACCAGAAAUCAUAGCGGGAUAGUGAGAUAUAGUCCGAUGGGUGAUACACCAGACAUCAUAGCGGGAUAGUGAGAUAUAGUCCGAUGGGUGAUACACCAGACAUCAUAGCGGGAUAGUGAGAUAUAGUCCGAUGGGUGAUACACCAAAAAUCAGCGGGAUAGUGAGAUAUAGUCCGGUGGGUAAUACAUCAGAAAUCAUAGCGGGAUAGUGAGAUAUAGUCC